AUGGGCAGUAGCAGUAACCCCUCAACCAACGCCGUGCUCCCGCCCGAGGAGGGCGACAACACUCCCAAGCACGAAGGAAACACGGAUGGGAACGGAAUCAUCCUCUCCGACGUCCUGCCCAAGACCCGCGGCGUAAACGUCUUCGCCUCGCUGACGCGGCAGUUCGAGUCCGUCGAGGCGCGGCUCGACGACGCAGCCCACAACGUCACCGUGCUGGCGCCGCGCAACAGCGCCAUCCAGGAGCUGCCGCGCAAGCCGUGGGAGAACCCGGAUGACAUUGCGCGGUUCGGCGAGCAGCGUGCGUACGAGGGGCAGGAGGGCCAGGAUCGCGCCACCAGGAAUCUAGAGCGGUUUGUCAAGGCGCAUGUUGUGGCGACGAGUCCCUGGAAGGAAGGGGAGGAGGCCGAGACGUUGGCGGGCGAUAAGUUGACGUGGGCCAGGGUUGGGGAUAAGAUUCGGAUUCAACCGGGUGAUGUGGAGGUUGAUAGUAUUGAUGAGAAGGUUGCGAAUGGUGAGGUGUGGGUGCUUGAUGGGGUGAUUAAUUAUCGCUAG